AGAGCUCGGGCGGCUGGUGGGCGCUGUCAUGGCGGGCGCGCUGAAGAAGACCACUGGCCUCAUGGGGUUGGCCGUGUGCGAGACGCCGCACGAGAGGCUAAGAAUAUUGUACACAAAGAUUCUUGAUGUUCUUGAUCAAAUUCCUAAAAGUGCUGCAUAUAGAAAAUACACAGAACAAAUUACAAAUGAGAGGCUGGCUAUAGUGAAAGCGGAACCAGAUGUUAAAAAAUUAGAAGACCGACUUCAGCUUGGCCAAGUAGAAGAGGUGAUUCUUCAGGCUGAAAGUGAACUAAGUCUGGCAAGGAAAAUGAUGCAGUGGAAACCAUGGGAGCCGCUAGUGGAGGAGCCUCCUGCCAACCAGUGGAAGCAGCCAAUAUAAUUGUCAUUUACUGCCUUUGAUGGUUGAUGGGAAUGUGAUAGAAUUAAAUGUUGUUAUAUCAAAAUGUUUCUGUUAUUUCUUAUCAAAAAAGGAUAGAGGAUAACAGGAUAUGUAGGAGUCUUGCUAAGCUUAGUAAUACAGUUGUAUGGAUCGGUUUCUGGCUUGCAUGCACUCAAAAGUAUUUCUUUGAACAAAGAGGUUGUGGGAAGGCUUGAAAGUUAAUUAGGAAGUUCCCACAGAUUAUCACUAGAGGCUACAAUCAAAAGGUGAAGUAUCUUCAUUAAUAUCUUCAACGUAUUAUUUCUUUAUCAUAAAAAAAGAAAAGAUACUUUUGUCUAAACAAACUUACUGGUCACUGUUUAAAGUACAGCAGUAACAAAUAUGUUGAAAUAUGAGAAAAAUGGCAGAAAUAGUUCGUGUUAAAAUUUAAAUUAUAGUUAAACUCGGCUAUGAUCUGAAAUAUGAAAUAGAAUUUAAAUAUAUA